CCUCCGGAUUGGUGGGGGCGGGCCUAUGCACGUGGAUGCAAGUGGAUUGGGUCCGUGUGUCGUGGGCGGGGUCGCGCAUGCUCAUUUGGGCAGUGGGCCUGGAGCACAUCAAGAUGUCGACCAUGACGGUUCCAGAGCUAAAGCAGAUCAGCCGGGAGGAAGCAAUGCGCUUGGGACCCGGCUGGAGCCACUCUUGCCACGCCAUGCUGUAUGCCGCCAAUCCUGGGCAGCUCUUCGGCCGUAUCCCCAUGCGCUUCUCAGUGCUGAUGCAGAUGCGCUUCGAUGGGCUGCUGGGCUUCCCUGGGGGCUUCGUGGACCGGCGCUUCUGGUCGCUGGAGGAUGGCUUAAACCGGGUGCUGGGCCUGGGCCUGGGCGGCCUGCGCCUUACUGAAGCUGACUACCUGAGCUCACACCUGACCGAGGGUCCACACCGUGUGGUGGCACACCUGUACGCACGGCAGCUGACACUGGAGCAGCUACAUGCUGUGGAGAUCAGCGCUGUGCACUCGCGGGACCACGGCCUGGAGGUGCUGGGCCUUGUUCGUGUCCCACUGUACACUCAGAAGGAUCGAGUAGGAGGCUUUCCUAACUUCCUGAGCAACGCCUUCGUCAGCACUGCCAAGUAUCAGCUCCUGUUUGCCCUUAAGGUUCUCAACAUGAUGCCCUCGGAAAAGCUGGCCGAGGCUUUGGCCUCAGCCACAGAGAAACAGAAGAAGGCCCUAGAAAAGCUGCUCCCGACCUCGUCCUGAGGAGGUUCCUGUGCAGGUUCUUGCCCCUCCUUUGGCUGUUUCUGCCCACAGGUCCUGGAAUUCCCAAGAAGUGUGCCUUCUAGUGUUUGGUUUUGCACCCCUUCUGACUGCAAGGGACAUGCAGGCAGCUCUUCAUCUUCACUGUCCCAAGCAGUCCCUGGCACCUAGCUACCCUCUCAGGUUGGUCAAUGGGGUGGCAUGGGCCUGGCUUUUCAAGCUGAAGAUGUUCUCACCCAUCCCAAGGCUCAAACUGUCCUGUAUGGCUCUCUUCAUGACUGGUGGAGUCCCAGCUACAGCCCACUCUUCUAAGGCAACUGAUUGCUUGGUACACGGCUCCUGGACUGGUCUGGGGUUUUGUUCAAUGGAGGUGAUCGAUCACUCCUUCCCUUAACCCAGAACCUGAUCCAGCUUGAGGAAGGAUGUUCAUCUGGGAGGUUGUUGACUUUCUCUGUUAGGUUUUUCUUUCUUGGUGUGUGAACUGUGGGUUGGUUUCAGAAUGGCUGUGCCCCACAUGGCUUUGUUUUUCCCAUGAGGGCUUUGGCUCAGCUCUGUGAAAUUGAGGAUGGAAGAAGACAAUAAAGCCAUUCCUCUGAUGCUCUU